AUGAAGCUGUGUGUGCGAUGGCUGGUUCUGCUGGUCGUGCUGCAGUGUGUUUGGGCUCAGCAGGAGUUUUUGGAUAAAGAAAGAAGAAAAGCCAAGAAUAAAUCGCUCACCUACAGUUUUACAUCCGAGAACAACGCUCAGUCAUCCAUGAGCGAGGACUGCAGCCUUGACCUGGGUUUUUUGCUGGACAGCUCGGAAAGCGUGAAAGACAAUCACGGCCAGGAGAAACGCUUCAUGACCGACGUGAUCGAUCGGGCACGGGGCAUAAGCCUGCGGAGUGGGCGCGGUCUGCGCUUUAGAGCCGCCCUCCUUCAGUACAGCAGUCAUGUGAUCCACGAGCAGACCUUCAGCCAAUGGAACGCCGUGGCCAACUUCCAAUCCAAAAUCGCACCACUUAACUACAUCGGCCAGGGGACGUACGUGACGUAUGCCAUCGGCAACCUCACCCAGCUCUAUAUGCAAGAAUCAGGAGCGGGAAGUUUAAAAGUGGCCGUGCUGCUUUACGAUGGAGAGUCCCAUCCCAAAAACCCUGACCCGUACUCUGCUGUGGAUCUUGCCAGAAAGGAGGGGGUUCGUUUUUUCGUCGUUGGGGUCACCCCUGCUGCCAAGGAGGCAUCCAAAAUGGCACAUCUGGGCAGGUUGGCCAAUAAUAACCAAUACUUACAUAACCUUCAGGAUAAAGAUGUGGUGGAGAAGAUCAUCACAAAGCUGACUGAGUUGGCAGAUGAAGAGUGUCCACAGCAGAAGAAGUGUGUAUGUGAGAAAGGAGAGAGAGGACCGAGCGGACCAGUCGGUAAGAAGGGUCGGCCAGGAGACAAUGGGAGUCCAGGACCGAAGGGGCAGAAGGGAGAGAGCGGCAAUCAAGGAAUGGCGGGGCAGAAUGGGUUAGAGGGCAAACAAGGGAACCAAGGAGAGAAGGGUGAAAGAGGAGAGUGUGGCAUGCCCGGAGUAAAAGGAGACCGGGGUCCUGAAGGACCAGUGGGUAUCCGAGGCAGCAGAGGACUGCAGGGUUUGCCUGGACCGAAUGGAGACAUCGGGCCACAGGGACUACCAGGACCAAAAGGUGAAAGGGGUUUUUCUGGACCACCAGGACUUCAGGGUGAAAUUGGAAUAGGUCUUGCUGGACCCAAGGGUGAUAUGGGAUUUCAGGGCAGGCCUGGACCCCCCGGACCCCCUGGGCUUGGUGAAUCUGGGCCACCAGGGCCCCAGGGGCCACAGGGGGUCCAGGGUGAUAAAGGACCACCUGGAGAGGGCUUUCCUGGACCAAAGGGUGAGAGGGGCCCAGAUGGGCCAAGAGGUACAAGAGGGCCAAUGGGACCUGUAAUUAAAGGAGACAAGGGUGAUUUUGGUCCUCCUGGGUUACCUGGACCAAUUGGUCUUCCUGGACUGGGCAUACAAGGAGAAAAGGGAACUGAGGGGCCUCGUGGCCCCCCAGGAGUCAGGGGCCUACCAGGAGAAGGAUUUCCGGGAUCAAAGGGUGAUCAGGGGUUUCCAGGAGAUGCUGGAACACCAGGAGUGACUGGAACAGGAGAACCAGGACCAAAGGGUGAACCAGGAGCUCCAGGGUUCUCAGGAUUACCUGGCUUACCUGGAGAGGACGGAGCUCCAGGAGAAAAGGGCGAGCCCGGUUUUCCAGGUUUAAGAGGAGCAGAGGGAGUGCAGGGUGUUGGAGUACAAGGAGAAAAGGGAGAUCAGGGACAGAGGGGAAUCCGUGGACUAGCUGGACCUCCAGGUGUAUCUGGACCAUCAGGACCAAAGGGUGAACCGGGAACACAGGGGCGUCUCGGCUUACCAGGACCUCCGGGUCGUUCCAUACCUGGACCAAAGGGGGAUUCAGGUCCUUCAGGUCCACCAGGUCCUCUGGGUGAGACGGGAUAUGGACUUCCUGGACCGAAGGGUGAUCGAGGAGAUCCGGGUCCUCCUGGACCAUUUGGCCCAAAAGGAGAUGGUUACCCAGGCUCUCCAGGUCUUCCAGGGCUCACUGGCCUUACUGGAGAUCCUGGUCCAGAAGGACUGGGCCUGCCAGGACCAAAGGGUGAUAUUGGAUCCAGAGGGUUGCCAGGUCCACCAGGACCACCAGGAGAAGGAACACAGGGACCACCUGGUAACGGAGGAAGGCCAGGACCUCCGGGUUCAUCAGGUCCACCUGGACAAGGGAUACAAGGACCGAAGGGUGAACUUGGUCCUCAGGGUUUUCUCGGGCAGAGAGGACCUGCUGGAGAAGGUCUGCCAGGGACAAAGGGGGAUCGAGGUGAGAGGGGUGAGAGAGGUAUUAAAGGGCUUAAAGGUGACUUUGGAGAUCCUGGACAAGCAGGUCAACCAGGCAGACCGGGAAUCAAAGGAGAAACAGGACUGACGAGAGAAGACGUUAUCAGAAUAAUUAGAGAGGUUUGUGGUUGUGGGAUUAAGUGUACGGAGCGCCCCAUGGAGCUGGUGUUUGUGAUCGACAGCUCCGAGAGCGUCGGCCCUGAGAACUUUGAGAUCGUGAAGGACUUCGUAAUGGCGCUGGUGGACCGAAUGACCGUAGGUAACAGUGCCACCCGGGUCGGCCUAGUGCAUUACAGCCUGGAAGCUCGGCUGGAGUUCGACCUCACCAGAUACGCCACUAAACAAGACGUCAAACACGCUGUGCGUCGGAUGACCUACGUGGGUGAGGGCACUCACACGGCCAAGGCCAUCCACAAAGCUAGGGUGGAAGCCCUCCGCAGCGCCCGCCCUGGGGUCUCCAAGGUCAUUGUUGUCAUCACGGAUGGACAGACGGACGAGCGUGAACCCCUGAAGCUGGAAACCGCUGUUAGAGAUGCACAUAAUGCUAAUGUGGAGAUGUUCGCGCUGGGUAUCGUGAACGCCAGCGAUCCAGCACAGGCUGAAUUUCUGCGAGAGCUCAACCUCAUCGCAUCAGAUCCUGACAGCGAGCACGUGUUCCUGAUCGAUGACUUCAAUACUCUCCCAGCUCUGGAAUCCAAACUAGUCAGUCGGUUAUGUGAGGAUGAGAACGGGGACCUUGUCGUCAACCGCAUCAACGCCAACGGAUACGGUAACCAUGCCAACCGCAUCAACAGCUUCCACAGUGGAAUGGAUGUCAGCACAAACCGCGUUAUUACCUACAAUGGAUAUCAGGAAGAAGACAGUAGGAACACUAGAACUCAUACCAAUAUACACACCGGAACUCAUUCAGGAACCCAUACUGGAAGACACAGUGGAACCCAAUCUGGUUCACACACCAUAACAUACAGUCAUGGAGGCGGAAGAGGAGACAGCCUUCCCAUGCCAACUAUAGGGGUCCCUGUGGACAGUGAGCGUACACACACCAGCCCGAAGCACAACACCAGUCAUGUUUCAUCACACAACAGAACAUCUGCACACAGAAGACCUACAGCCGCACUACGACCUCCGUUACCUAAAGAAACUGUUCCUCUGGACCCGCGCUGCGAGCUGACCCUGGAUCAGGGGACGUGUCGGGAUUAUAGCAUCCGCUGGUACUACGAUCGUAAUGCCAAUGCCUGUGCUCAGUUCUGGUACGGAGGUUGUCAGGGCAAUCACAAUCGCUUUGACACGGAAGAUGAGUGUAAGAAAACCUGCGUGGUGCCAUGAACAGGAGGAUGA